AUGGGUGCUGAUGAGUACGCAGGAGACGAGCACCAGCGACCCGUCAGUGGCAAGAAGGCCAAAUCUCGGCUGCCCUCGCUCGAACAGCUGCUCGCCCUUCCCGUCGACAUUUGGCUGCUUCUCCUCGACGCCUUCACCCCCCUCGACAUCGUCAAUUUGGCACAUGCCGACCGUCGUCUCAAGGUGCUAAUGACCGCUCUCCCGAAGCGAUGGGGCCGGCUGAUGGGCGAGGCGCGGCAGCUCAAAAUCUACUCGUCGGCUAACGUCAACAGCUUCCAGCUCACGCGCGCUGCCGGAUGCUGGGACGAGAGCAUCAACUACAUUUUCGCCUAUGGCGACACGUAUUGGUUCGUUAAGCAUCAGAAGGAGAACAAGCUCUUCAACGCGAUGUGCCGCUACGUUGAGCCGGACCGGGAUCGGAACAAGGCGAUCGCCGAAGACCUCUACAUUCUUUUGAACAACGCGCGUGUAGACAUGUAUUGCCUCGGCUCCGACUGGAACCUCCCCACCCCUAAGAAAUCACCGAUGCCGUCGAUUCGAGCAGCUACCGUGCUUUUAUCGAUCAACGGCGACGUGCAGGGCUUUGAUGGAGAACUCGAGCGUCUCGGACCGACUUGCAUCGCGUACUACGCCCAGCCGGAGGGUGGCCUCGUCGAUUUCCGGAGCCACGUCCGCCACAUUGCUGCCAUCCCGUCCCUGCGCUACCUCUGGAUAAACGUGGGCGACAAGUUCAAGGAGUUCAGCCGGAUCGUCCGCCUCAAAAUGCCUCAACUGACAAUUCAUUGUACGCUCGGUGUCAAGAAAGCAGUGAUGAAAGACGAGCGUCAGCUGACGCACGGUGCCGAGAAGUGGUUGAAGAGGAACCUCGUCGAGUCGCUGCGCAGCAUGAUUGAGGAAUGGCAACGCAAGGAACGAGUGAUCGACAAAUUCGAGCUGGUCAUGGACUGGGGCUGGCUCACUUUCACAGAGACGCGGGACGUUGUGCGGGCGCUGGUCGAUGGGAGAUGUGACGCCCGCGAGGCCGACCACAUCCCAAUCAUCCGACGUGGGCCCUGGAGCCGUGACGGCCUAAUGAUUCAAUUUAUCGCUCACACUAUAACGAUUGCCGAGUGUGACUACAAUUUCCGCAUCAACCGCACCUGGCGGGAGAUCGACGCGAACUCUCAGGUCUGGGGGGCCUUCGCCCGUUGGCGCUACCACGACUUCCCCGAACUGAUCAAGGAGUCGAAAAGCCCGGAAGAGCUGCUGGUGUACAAGCGGGACUUUGAAGGCAGGAUGAGCGAAUGGGUCAACAGGGCGGCCAACAACACGAUCCCGAGUCGCGAAUUGCUCUUUAUCGAUCCAAUGCACCGUUGCCUCUUGCCCGUGGCCCUCAAGGACCUUGACUUUUUUGGACAAUCUUUGGUUCUUGGCCUCCGGGGCGUCAUCGAGGACCGCUACGAGAAGAUGCAGUAUGAUAACUGGCGGUGG